AUGUGCACCACCAGCGAUAUGAGAAUGGCCCCAAUCGCACUGAACGCCAGUGGAAUGAAUAUGAAGGAGCAUCGUUAUUCGAAUAUGAAAUCUCGACGCAACUUGAUCGGCGAGGCUAUUGAAAUCAUCAACUCUUCACAGCAAAGAGGUCCUCUACGAAGGAAAGGCUCGUCACUCUCCGAACGAAGAGCAAAUGAACUUCUGAAAGACAACAGCGACUGCCUGUCAGAGCUCUUGCGAAAAAGCCAAGGUGGUUUGGUCGAUCUCAGCAGCGACGAUGAGAGCGACUUGGAAGACUAA